CUACAGAUGCCAUCCAGGAAGUCCAGAAAGAAAAUGGCUGUACCAAACGACUCUUCUGUGUCUGAGUUUAUUCUUAUGGGAUUGACAGAUCAUCCUGAGCUUCAGCUGCCCCUGUUUGUCCUGUUCUUGUUGAACUACACAGCCACUGUGAUGGGAAACUUGAGUUUAAUGAAUCUCAUUUGCUUGAAUUCAAAUCUCCAUACACCUAUGUACUUUUUUAUCUUCAAUCUCUCCUGCAUUGAUUUUUGUUAUUCAUUUGUCUUUACACCCAAGAUGCUGAUGAGUUUUGUUUUAGAGAAGAACACCAUCUCUUUCACAGGAUGCAUGACUCAGCUGUUUUUUUUCUGCUUUUUUGUCAACUCUGAGUGUUACGUGCUGACAGCCAUGGCCUAUGAUCGCUAUGUAGCCAUCUGUAAGCCUCUGUUAUACAAGUCUGUUAUGUCCCCUAAAAUAUGCUGUCUGCUAAUGUGUGCUGUAUAUUUGAUGGGGUUUGUUAGUGCAGUAGUCCACACAGGGUUUAUGAUCCAGAUCAAUUUUUGUGCUUCUAACAUCAUUAACCACUACAUGUGUGACAUCUUCCCCCUCCUCCAGCUCUCCUGUACCAGCACCUAUAUCAAUGAGCUUGUAAGUUCUGCCGUGGUUGGUACAAUUAUCAUUUUAUCUAGCCUCAUUAUCUUAAACUCAUAUGCCAUGAUUCUUUCCAAUAUCAUUCGGAUGUCAUCAGCUAAGGGUUGGUCCAAAGCUAUGGGUACUUGUGGGUCUCACAUCAUUACGGUUGGUCUAUUCUAUGGGUCUAGGCUGCUAGCUUACAUCAAGCCAUCAUCUGCUGAAGCUGCAGAUGAGGGGAAAUUUUUCUCAGUGUUUUAUACUCUUGUGGUGCCUGUGCUGAAUCCUCUAAUUUACAGCCUCAGGAACAAGGAUGUCAAGCUUGCUGUGAAGAAAACCAUGAAGAGAAUGACAGGCUGA